AUGGCCGGAGGACUGGGAGGGGGUUGGGGUAUAAAAGGGAGGGGGAGUGGGUGGGUUGGUUCCUCAGAACAUCUUUCCCCCACUCAGCCAACCAACCAACCAACCAAAUCAGCAAUGGACUCCUUCACUCUCUUCUCCAACAACGUCUCUGCUACCACCUCCGUCCCCGCUGAGGAGGAGACCGGUGGAGGCCGUGGUACUGGCGCUUACUGCACCAUCGCUUAA